AUGAACGUCCAGGCCAAAAUGGCUGCUGUCACACAAACGGAGUGCAUGCCCGAUGACACAGACGCGGAUGCGGACGGGCACGUGAACGUGGACGUGGACGUGAAUGCGACUGUUCGCCCGGCGCUUGCCAUGCUGAAACUCGACUCGCCCGACAGCAGUGGGAUCGGGGACCGCGCUGAUCGCCCGGCCGCUGAUUCGCCGCGGAAUGACGCCGCUGCCGUGUUUGACAUUUCGCCUGAGGCUGCAGUGCACCUGCUCUGUCUUAAUAUUGAGAAGUUGGGUGCUCAGUAUGCGGACAAGCCUUCUGGGACGGAUGAAUGGAAUUCGCAUAGCUCUACACCGCGGGAAAGUGAGACGCCUAUCGCGGAGGGUCAUUUGGAGGUGCAGUCAUUUGGGUUACAUGUGAAUGAUCCUAAUGAUGCGCCCAACCCGGCACGCGCCACUGAGGAGGCGGUUCAGUUGGCUAUUCUGGCGAAGAAGUUUCUUUCGAAGAAGGUGCCUGCGUUUCCUUUGAAAGAGUAUCUGCUUCGGUUGCAUAAGUAUUGUCCUAUGUCUACAGCGGUGUAUCUCGCGGCCAGCGUGUAUAUAUCUAAGAUGACCUUGGAUGAGAAUCUUCUGAGGGUUUUGCCGAGGAACGUACAUAGGUUGGUGCUUGCUGGUAUUUGGGUUGCGUCCAAGGCCCUGGAGGACUUGAAGUACUCGCAUAGCCGGGUUGCCAAAGUCGGUGGUGUCUCUGAACAGGAACUGUCUAAACUAGAGAUCAGUUUUUGUUUCUUAGCCAACUUUGAGUUGCGGGUUGAUGCACAGAUGCUCCUUAAUGAGGCCUUGCGCUUCAAGUCUUCGGAAUAA